AGCAUCCAUGAUUGCCUAUCGCAAUUAAAACAGUGCUCAGUUCGUGUCGCCUCUUUGCCGGUGGAGGAACCAACCACUCAAUUUUUUGUAUUGCAACCAGAAAAGAAAACAUUCUUUGAGAGUUUGACAACGUUAAUUGUGCAAGCACAGGAGUAACUGCCUCUCACGGCUGCAAACACCAAGAUGUCCCGUUCAAAAACUCUCCUUCGAGAAAUAAUUGACUCUAACCACCGAAAACUAAACAGACACUCGCGCUUUGCUCCUCCGAAGACAAACACUCUUAAACACCUGCAGAACGAGUUCAGAAAAACAAUUCCCCGCCCGCGAUAUGCAUUUGUCACGUUGGUGAUGUGUGGUGACGAUUAUGUUAAAGGAGCACUAACCUUGGCUUGGUCUCUAAGGCAACAGAAAACAAUGCACGAACUGAUAGUCAUGGUUACGCCUGACGUCAGCGUUUCAGCGAUGAAGCUACUGCGCAAACUCUAUGAUCGCGUAAUCAAGGUGCAGUACAUUAAAACCAGAGUAAAAAGUGCCCUGAGAGGGAAAAAGUACCGAAGCGAACAUAAAUGGAUAGAAUUCAGUUUGACAAAAGCGCGCAUGUUAAAACUCACAGAAUAUGACAAAAUAGUUUGGUUGGAUGCAGAUUCGCUUGUUCUCAACAAUAUCGACCACCUCUUUGACCUUUCAACGCCAGCUGGUGUGUGCUCCAGCAUCAGAAAUCAUGAUUAUUGGCAUGGCUCUAAGAUACCCGAGUUAGAAAUCGAAAGCGCUGUUGAGAACAAUUAUGGUGUCCAUGGCUGCAUCAUGGUGCUGACACCAAAUUUAGAUCAUUACCUGUUGGCAAGUUCUCUGCCUCAAGUUGGAACCACUGCUAACUUUGUCGGACCUGAUGAAUUUUUCUUCACGCAGUUGUACAAGACUGAGUGGCAUCAUGUCCACAUCAAGUACGCAUGUACAAAGUGGUUUUACGAAAUGCGAGACGUAAAACCGAAUGUGAUUCAUUUCUUUGGCGACAAACCAUGGGAGGACGAGAGCGACUGGGACGGAGUAAGAAAGUGGAGGGAAGCAGCGCAAGGCAUGGUACGAGUCUGUCCUAAAAUGUCGGAUUUGUUCGUGACACUAGGUCAGCCGAGUUCUCGACGAAGUCAGCACGAAGUAAGGUUCUCAGCGAGUUGUGAAGUAUCCGGAGUAAGGACACAAAGUUCAACGCCGCCUAAAUUGCGUUUCGGGAACUCUUGAAAACGUCAAGAUAGCAUUAUCGUCUUAUUUCGCCAAAACGAGAUAUCGUAUAAAUACUGGUUUACCUCGCAAAUUCAGAGGGACAGAUGGUACACAUCAAGCUGAUAUGUAGUUAGCACCAUAUUCUCUUACCAAUGUUGCCCUUGAGUCAUACAUCAAGGUCAUGAGAAUAAGAAAAUGAUAACCUACUUAAGUUGAUUGUUAAACAAAUACUGAUGUCUGGGCUUAAAGGGUUAAAGCCUGUCACAAAUACACCUAGUAAUGGCCCAGUUAACCAUCGAGUUUUUUCACGCUUAGUUCUAAGGCAUCGGAGCGCGAAAAUCCAAACAAUUGAAGAUCUGGAGUUCGAAACCUCGAAAGGGAUUAAAAGUUUUCCUUUGUCACACGCUUCUGACACAACAAAUGAAGUCUUUUUAUGAUGAAAAUUAAAGAAGUUACUGUCAAUCUA